AUGUUCGACAGGCAACAUCUACGACGCUACAUCGGUGAGUUUGUCAACAAUUUGUUUGAAGGGUCUGGCGUGCUAUAUAUACCAAAAUCUCAGCAUCCGAUGACCAAAGUGUGGCGACGUGGAGAGAGAUACGAAGGAAGUUUCUUACGCGGACAACAGCAUGGCCGUGGCACUUGGCUAACUCGAAGUGGUGACCAGUACGAUGGUGAAGUGAAGAAUGGACGUUAUGAAGGUAAAGGUGUUUGUGUAUAUGGUAUGUCGGGUGACGUGUACGAGGGCGACUUUGUCCGAAGCUUGCGAUACGGGUGCGGUGAGCUACGCUUCCGUGACGGAUCAAUCUAUCGUGGUGGCUUCCGACUUGACAGUUUUCAUGGCUUUGGUCAUAUUUGGUAUGGACCUGAAGGUGUAAAUGGCUCUUACGUUGGAGAAUUCAAAGAUGGCAAGCGACAAGGACAGGGAAUACGUACGUAUGGCGGCGAUAAAUCAGAGAGACGACGAUACGAAGGUGCAUGGGAAGACGACGAACCCCAUGGUAAAGGAGUAUUUGAAAGAGAUGGCUGCACGGCGAUGGGAACAUUUGAACGUGGCUUGCAGAAUGGCCCAGGAACGAUGCGAUUCGCAAAUGGUGAUACAUACGAUGGCACAUUCGAAAAAGGAGAUCUUCACGGGGAAGGACGCUUUGUCUAUCAAAAUGGAGGAAUAUAUGAAGGCGCUUUCAUACGCUCUAAGCGCCACGGCAAAGGCACUCGUGUGUUUGCGAACGGUGAUCGUUACGCAGGCGACUGGGUGGACGACCAGAUGCAUGGCCGUGGAUUGCACACAAGUCAAAUCAGUGCGAGGCCGCUGCGAAUGACCAUGAAGGACGGAUGGUUUGGCCUUCUGAUAUAUGAAGGUGACUACAAAAAUGGGCAGCAGAGCGGAGAGACAAGUAUCAUCUACGAGUUGGUUUUAAAGGAAGAACAACCUGUUUCUGCUGACACUUUAAGUCAGCACAACAAAAUUAACAAGAAAUGGAAUGGCGAAUUCGAAUUUCCGGAGAACUCUGGAUGCUGGCAUCGUGGGCGAGGCAAAGUCACGUACAAAGGUGGAGUUCUACGCGGUCGUUUCCAUGGUCAGGGUCAGCUGCGCUCUCCUAAUGGAAAAUCGUGGUCUGGGGAGUGGUCACAUGGACAGCUUCAUGGUCGCGGCGAACGUGUGUAUCUUCCGUUAAUUUUAAAAAUAUUGACAACAAACGAAGUGCUGGAUAAUGAUACUCAAAGCCUGGCGAGAGAGCAGAAUGGGCUUUAUGGAAUAGUGCAGUAUGUUGGGGAGUUUGUGAAGCAUGUAUGCCACGGUGAAGGCGAGGUUCUGUACACGGAUGGCAGUCGUCUUCGUGGACAGUUCCUGAACGGAUUUGUCGAAGGUGUCGCUUGUUAUGGUUUUAAUAGCCAAAAAGAGAAGAAAGGGGAUUUUCGAUGGAGGUACGGCGAGUUCGUUCGCGGUGAGCGUGUGCGAUGGCUAAGUAAAAUAGAGGAAGAAUCACUAAAACAUGAGCGAGAUUUUUAG